AUGGGAGGUGGGGGUAGUAUUGAUGGUGGUGGAGGCAUGGGUGGUGGAGGUAUGGGUGGUGGUGGAGGCAGGGGUGGUGGAGGUAUGGGUGGUGGUGGAGGCAUGGGUGGUGGUGGAGGUGGUGAAGGCAUGGCUGGUGGUGGAGGUGGUGGAGGCAUGGCUGGUGGUGGAGGCAUGGCUGGUGGUGGAGGCAUGGCUGGUGGUGGUGGUGGAGGCAUGGCUGGUGGUGGAGGCAUGGCUGGUGGUGGAGGCAUGGCUGGUGGUCACGGCAUCGGUGGUGGUGGUGACAGUAUUGCUGGUGGCGGCGGGGGAUUCCCUGGUGGUCAACAGUUCGCAUUGAAAUUUGCGAAUGGACGAUGUUUAUAUCCGGAAGGUGAACAAACCAACUCUGGAACAAAGUUAGUGUUACCAACUGAAGUUUGUGGCGAUAAACUUGCAAAGUUUCAGAUUUCAAAUGAUGGAAAUUUGCAGCACGUAGAAACUGGCUUCUGUGUGCAGCCAGAAGGUGACAGUGAAGAUUUACCAUUGGCUAUUAUGAAAAACUGCAACAAAAAAUGGGCGUUUGCCAUGACCGAUUUUGGCUCUUUAAAACUGGCAAAAGGUGGUAAAUGUGUUCAACCAAAGAGUGGAGGAACACGACCAUCACAAACAGAAUAUAUGGUAUUGCAUAGCACGUGUGAUUCACCAAAAACAAAGUUUACAAUUUGGGGUGCCAGUGGUGGAGGAGGGGCAGGUGGAGGAGGGGCAGGUGGAGGGAUGGGCGGUGGAGGAGGGGCGGGUGGAGGAGGGGCAGGUGGAGGAGGGGCAGGUGGAGGAGGAGGCGCAGGGAUGGGUGGAGGAGGAUCAUCCUGGAAUUGGGGCGGAGGUGGGGGAAACAAAGGAGGGUCAUCCUGGAAUUGGGGCGGAGGUAUGGGAAACAAAGGAGGGUCAUCCUGGAAUUGGGGAAAUAACGGAGGUGGGGGGAACAAAGGAGGAUCAUCCUGGAAUUGGGGAAAUAGCGGAGGUAACACAGGAAAUGGAGGCGCUAAUAACUGGUCGUAUUCGUGGGGAAAUCCUCAGAAGCAUUUGGAAAAUGAUCAGGUCACUCAUCACAGUAACAACAAGCAACCUCGUCCGCAACACAUCAAGAUUGUUAUCAACGCAAAGAAACACAAAGUUCAGAAAAACAGUUCGGUUACCCCCCAAAAAACUGGCUAA